AUGGCCCCCACCACUUCCCCUCUGCUGUCCACCACCGAGGACCCCAGUUCUGAAAACAGCAGCUUCUAUGACUAUGAGUACUACCUGGACGACAUGCCCUUCAUGCUCUGCAGGAAAGAUGAGGUACUGUCCUUUGGCAAAGUCUUCCUGCCUAUCUUCUACAGCUUGAUCUUCGUGCUGGGCCUGAGCGGGAACCUCCUUCUUCUCAUAGUCUUGCUCCGGUACGUGCCUCGCAGGCGGAUGACCGAGGUCUAUCUGCUGAACCUGGCCAUCUCCAACCUCCUGUUCGUGGUGACACUGCCAUUCUGGGGCAUCUCCAUUGCCUGGCAUUGGGUCUUUGGGAAUUUCAUGUGUAAGACUGUGAGCACCCUGUAUACCAUUAACUUCUACAGUGGCAUCUUCUUCAUUAGCUGCAUGAGUCUGGACAAGUACCUGGAGAUCGUUCAUGCUCAGCCCUACCACAAGCUGAGGACCCGGGCCAAGAGCCUGCUCCUUGCUGCAGUGGUGUGGGCAGUGUCCAUGAUUGUCUCCAUCCCGGAUGUGAUCUUUGUGCGCACACACGAACACCCCGUGGGUGUGUGGAACUGCUAUGCAGAUUUUGGGGGCCAUGGGACCAUCUGGAAGCUCUUCCUCCGCUUGCAGCAGAAUCUCUUGGGCUUUCUCCUUCCACUCCUUGCCAUGGUUUUCUUCUACUCCCGCAUCGGCUGUGUGCUGGUCAGGCUGAGGCCCCCCGGGCAGGGGCAGGCUCUAAGGAUAGCCAUAGGACUGGUGGUGGCCUUCUUUGUGCUCUGGUUCCCAUACAACCUCACCUUGCUUUUGCACUCACUGCUGGACCUGCAAGUCUUUGGGGAUUGCAAGGUCAGCCAGCACCUGGACUAUGCAAUGCAGGUGACCGAGAGCAUCGCCUUCCUGCACUGCUGCGUCACCCCAGUUCUCUAUGCCUUCUCCAGUCGCCGUUUCCGCUGGUACCUCAAGGCCUUCCUGGCCACUGUGCUCAGACAGCCCCAGACCCCUUGCCCAGCCCAGGCCUCGCCAUCCAGCUGUUCGGAGAUCAGCAACAUCACCGCUCAAGAAGAAAUGACAAGCAUGAAUGACUUUGGGGGGAAGCAGGCAGAGGGCUCCCUUCACAGAGGAGAUGUGGAGAAAGAUGAAGCCAGCAUGGCAGUCUGUUGA